AACAGCUUUAUUACCCAAUUAAACACAAACGUAAAAACAGAGAAAUGAGAAAAUGGCUGCUGCUGCUGCUACUUACAGCUCUAUUAUUCUUGGCAAAACCCCAGUUUUUCACUUCAAAAACCCACAAAAGCUCUUCAGUAAAACCCUGAUUUUUUAUUCUCACAAAUCUCUAGCCCCCUCAAACUCGUUGCAUUCCCAACGAGUCAACUCACUUCACCCAAAAUCCUCCACUCAGACUCGUCAUCCCAUCCAAGAACUACUCCUUCUCCUCGCUUUCUCAUUGACCCUUUUGUGUUUUCGUCUUUUCUCCAAUGCCCUUUUGCCCGAUUUCCCUCUUCGUUGGCAAAGCCUCAUUGCUUUCUCUCAUGAAGCUGAAGCUCAAACCAAAGCUUAUCCUAAACAUCUAUGGGAAGCCAUUGUUGCUUAUGAGGAUCGUCGCUUCUUUAGACAUUUUGGGCUCGACCCAGUUGGGAUUGGUCGCGCUGUUUUGUCGUUUUCGGCUCUUGGGGGAGGCAGCACCAUAACUCAGCAGCUUGUCAAGAAUACUUUCCUGAAAAAUGAGCGCACAUUCUUGAGAAAGAUCUUGGAGAUGGUGUUGGCACUGGCAUUAGAAAGGACAAUGUCAAAACAAGGAAUACUGAGCUCUUAUGUUUGUAAGAUAUACUGGGGGCAUGGUAUUAAUGGCAUUGAAUCAGCAUCAAAUUUAUAUUUUGGAAAGCAUCCAUCUCUCCUGAGUUUGGCAGAGUCUGCAAUGCUUGCUGGACUUAUACCUGCACCAGAGCUCAGAUCACCACUCAGGGAUAAGAGCAGUGGCAAGACCUUCCAAGCCAGAGUUUUGAAAAGGAUGGUGGAAGUCGGCUCUCUUGAUAUUGAGACGGCACUUUCGAUCGUGAGACAGCCACAUUACCUGCAUCUUAAUAGGCCAGAAAACACAGAUGGACUGUCAUACCUGUUUUCUUUCUUUGGGUUGGGACUUGGAGAGAACAACAAACUCAAUCAAGCCGGUAAGGAAUCAACAUGCGAAGGUACAUGGGACUGGGAAAGAGAAAGCAAAAUAUGGGAAGUACGUGAGGAGAUGGAAAGAUGGGCCGCAAAGGUUCAGGUUCCGUGCAGAACUUCAGUAAAAGCUUCUCGUUUGAAAUGAAAAGCAGACCACUUGCCUAUAUAUGAUUAAGGCUUGUAGUGUUUCUGGCAAUGGAAGGAAUUCACUCACUAUUCCGUUCUGAAGAACUAGAAAUUCCCAUUUUGAGUUCCAUUGCAACAAAUAUUCCUUGAUUGAAACUGAUAGUGAGUAACUUCAGAUUAAAAGCUUUCCCAUCUUCAACCAAUUGACAUUGGCAAUUAUGCCACUUGAAUACCAAUACAUUGCCGAAAUUGAAAUGGAUAAAGACGAAGGAAUGGUUUCUGAUUAGUUGGUUUUGGGUGGUAUAAUCAGUAUAUAUCUUCUUGACCUUUCCAAAUUUGAGCUGAAAUUGACCAUGGAAUCCGUUGGAAGAUCUUUUCUUUUAUAGAUACGAAAGUUACUGUUUCAAUUGUUCUCAGUUUUGUCAUGUUUGUUAUAUAUGACAAUCUGUAUUCGGAAGCCUAUUCCCAAUUAUAAAUUCUUGACCCGAA